AGGCGCUGUAAGAUGUAUUCAUUAAUGUUAUUCAGUAUAUUUUAAGAAGUCAUACUCACGAGUUUUUAUCGAAAUGAAGUAAGAUGAAAGAUGUGCGAGAUAUGUGAGAAAUUCAAAUUAAAUCAUGUUCAUCAUAGGGGUUAUAUCAAUCAUUAGUUCCUACAGAGAGACAGAGUAAGCAGAAUCCUACGAAAAUGAAUUAUACAGAGAUUCUACUGCUCUGGAUAUCUGCGAGCAGCCAUGGUUUGAACAUCCUUGUGAUUCUCCCACAUGUGGGCAAAAGUCAUCAACUAGUUUUCGAACCUCUUUUGAAGCAGCUAGCACUCAGAAAACAUAACCUCACAGUCAUCACAAGGUUUCCUCAGAAGAAGACAAUAGCCAACUGGAGGGAUAUAAACAUAGGAGACAAUGAAGUGACUACAGAAAUUCUAGAUAUGGAUCUCCUAACUGGCACAAGGCUGAGUCAGCUAACUUGUCGUUUUUUGCUCGCUGGACAAGGCGAACAUUCAUGUGCAAGUGGACUAGGCAAAGAUGAGCUACAAAAUUUUUUGAAAGAAGAAAAUCAGUUCGAUUUGAUUCUGAUGGAAUUGUUCAAUACGAAUUGCUUCAUGGGUCUAGUGAGGCUAUUUGAAGCCCCUGUGAUAGGAUUGUCUUCAUCCAAUCCACCAGCAUGGAUCCAAAGAUUGUUUGCAAAUCCAGAGAAUCCGUCGUAUAUCCCAACACAUUUCACUGGUUUUUCUGACACUAUGACAUUUCUUCAGCGGGUUGAAAACACCCUCCAAUUGGGGUGGGACAAGUUCAUGUACGAAUAUUUCAUGGCUGGCCCUGGCAACAACUUAUCCAGACAAUAUUUGGGAGUAGAUACAUUGAAGGAGGUCGAUGCAAUGUAUAAUGUCAGUCUUCUUUUAACGAAUACGCAUUUCAGCUUGAAUUUGCCCAGACCGCUCGUUCCCAAUGUGAUAGAAGUGGGUGGCAUCCAUAUUGAAGAGCCCAAAGCGAUCCCAGACAAUAUGGCAAAAUUCAUAAAUGAGUCGCUCGAGGGAGUAAUAUAUAUGAGCAUGGGUUCAACUUUGAGGGGGAGCAGUUUCCCAAUUGAGAAGAGGAAUGCAUUUUUGAAAGCUUUCUCCCGUGUCCAACAAAGGGUGAUCUGGAAAUGGGAAACCGAUAUGGAAAAUAAACCGAAAAAUGUUGAGACUUUCCGGUGGACGCCACAAAGAGAAAUUCUCUGUCACCCAAACACGAAGGUCUUUAUUUCACACGGAGGACUCCUAGGAACGAUUGAGGCUGUCUACUGCGGAGUACCUAUUAUCGUCAUUCCUCAGUACGGAGAUCAGCCUCUGAAUGCCAAAGCCUUAGAAAAAGUCGGUGGGGGUAUCAUCCUCUAUUUGCAGGAUUCUACGGAGGAAACGAUUUUGGAGGCACUCGAUAAAGUUCUGAGUCCCAAGUUUCGACAGAGUGCGAAAGAUCUAUCAGAAAGAUUCAAGGACCGCCCUUCAUCACCAAUGGAAACGGCGAUUUACUGGAUAGAAUAUGUGGCAAAAUACAGGGGAGCAUCGCAUAUUAGGACAGCUGCAGUAUUGAUGCCUGCAUAUCAGUACCUGCUGAUGGACGUAAUAGCAUUCAUAGCAUCAAUCGUAAUAUUUCUCAGUUAUUGUAUGUAUAAGAUCGCUGCUUUGGUGUUUAUGAAAUUGAGAACACAAAAUAAAAUAAAAACUUCGUAAUAAAUUGGAGUUUUCAUCUAUCUGAUUCGAACUCUACUGUACCAAUUUUUCAUUGGAGAAUAUGAUGAGAUGAAGUGGAAGUAACAAUAAUGCUGUUCAAGGUUGAUAUACUAUAGCCAAAGAAAAAUUCUCAGAAGUUUCAUGAAUUAUUGUUAACAAUUGAUCGCUCUCGAAUUGUGAUGAAACAACUCAAUUCUGGGUACUGACUAUCGAAAAGUGAUAUUAAGUACACAUAGUUUUUCGAUGAUAUAUCUAUGACAUUGUAU